AUGCUCGAGUCGAAGCAUGCUGAUUUCUUACUCUAUCCAUUUUGUCCAAUUAUUUAUUUAAAAUUUUGUAUAAAAUAUAAUCAAAAUGCCCAGAAAAGCAAACAAAAAGUUAGUGAUAGGCGGAGGAAGUGGUGGAAUUGCAUCAGCACGCAGGGCAGCCAAAUAUGGUGCUAAAGUGAUUCUAGUUGAAUUUAAUCGCUUAGGUGGACUAUGUGUUAACAAUGGAUGUGUUCCAAAAAAAGUUUGUUGGAACGCUGCACAUAUUUUAGAAGGAAUCACCCUCUCUAAAGAGUAUGGCUUCGACACAUCAGCCUCUCACACAUGGGCCACGCUUAAAGCUAAUAGAGAUGCAUAUAUCGCUCGACUCAAUGGAAUUUAUGCCAAGCUCCUGACGAACUCUGGAGUUGAGGUAAUAUUUGGCCGCGCUAGAUUUGUCGGCCCAGAUAUAAUAUCUGUUGAUGAUUCUCUAUUAAUCACUGCAACGAAUAUUUUAAUUGCGACUGGAUCACAGCCAAGAGUAUUAGACAUUCCAGGCAAGGAACAUUUUUUAACAAGUGAUGCUUUCUUUGCUUUAGAGACUCUACCAAGUAGUGCUUUACUGAUUGGUAGUGGCUAUAUUUCCUGUGAAUUAGCAUGUGUAUUUAACACUUUUGGAACAAAAGCUACAAUUGCUAUGAGGGAAGACUACCCUUUAAUAGCAUACGAUCGUGAAGCAACAACUAAGCUUAUGGAACAGAUGAGUAAAGAUGGAGUUACAUUUUUGCCGUCAAGUAACAUUGUUGAAAUCAAAAAGACAGAUGAGGGACUUCAUGCAUUUUUCGACAAUGGGCAAAAUUUUGUGUAUGAAAAAAUAUUUUUGAAUAUCGGUAGAGAUGCAUAUGUAGAUGAUCUUAACUUAGAAGCAGCCGGCGUACAAAUGGUCGGGCUAAGAAAAAUCCAAGUCGAUGAGUAUGAAGCUACAACAAAUCCACAUAUAUAUGCAAUUGGAGAUGUUACCAAAAAGCUUCAGCUUACCCCAAUAGCUAUUGCAGCUGGAAGAAAACUAGCAGAAAGGCUAUUUAAUGGGCAAGUUGAUUUAAAGCAAGACUACACAAAUGUGCCGGCUGUAAUUUUCACGCACCCACCACUUGGGACUGUUGGAAUUACAGAGCAACAAGCAAGAGCUCAGUAUGGAGAUGAUAAUGUGAAAGUCUAUAGAUCAAGCUUCACCAAUAUGUUUUUCGCUUUGACUGAGCAUAAAGAGCUGACCUUUAUGAAGCUCAUAUGUGUUGGACCUGAAGAAAGAGUUGUUGGACUUCAUGGAGUAGGAAGAGGCAUUGAUGAGAUGAUACAAGGAUUUGCUGUAGCUGUGAAGAUGGGGGCGACGAAGAGAGAUUUCGAUAACACUGUCGCUAUACACCCUACAGCAUCUGAAGAGUACGUCACUAUGGUUUAA